AUGGAGCAACGUGGUGCGACAGCAGGACCAGAGACACCGUCUGAGAAUGAAAAGGCAUCAGCAGGAGGGAUAAAUGUCUCGGACUGGGAUGGUGAUGACGACCCAGACAACCCGUACAAUUCACCAGCCUUGUUCGGAUUUGCAGUUACUUUCGGCACAUCUGUCUACACACCAGCUGUAUCCGACAUCAUGCUCGACUUCGAUAUUUCGCGUACAGUCGCGCUCCUAGGCCUUACAUUCUACACUUUAGGUAUCGGAUUUGGCCCCAUGGCCACAGCACCUCUUAGCGAAUUCUACGGCCGCCGCAUCAUCUAUCUCGUCUCGCCGCCUAUCUUCAUGCUGUUCACGCUGGGCGCUGGCUUUUCGAAAUCAUUCUAUGGACUGGUCAUUUGUAGGUUCUUUGCGGGAUUCACUGGUAGUCCUGCACUGGCUGUUGGAGCAGGAACUAAUGCCGACCUAUUUCCUCCACGGCAGCGUGCUGUGGCUACAAGAGGCUUCACAGUCCAGUACAAGAACUGGCAAUGGAGUGAGUGGUGCAUGAUCUUCAUCACUCUAUUCGCAUUCAUCUUUACUCUCCCAAUGAAAGAAACAUACAAGCCAAUCAUCCUAAAGCAACGAGCGAAGAAACACGGUAUAGAACUGCCUGCGACCUCCCAGAAAGUCACAAAGGUCCUUGCAACAAGGAUCCUCCGGCCAUUUCACAUGCUGUACACUGAACCCGUGGUCUUCUUCUUCUCAGUCUACACCUCCUUCGCAUUCGGCGUGCUCUUCCUCCUCUUUGCCGCAAUCCCGUACAUCUUCCAACGAGCACCGUACCACUUCACUGUAUCCCAAGCUGGACUCGCUUUCAUUUCCGUCGGUGUCGGUGUGCUUCUUGGCGUGGUUACGUGCAUCCUCGUCGAUCGGACAUUCUACCAGAAGCAGCACCGCAAGAUGAUCAGCGAGGGCGGAACGCAUGUCAUGCCCGAGCAUCGGCUGUAUAGUGCCAUGAUAGGCUCGUCGGGGAUUGUUGUUGGGUUGUUUUGGGUCGGAUGGCUCCUUGACAUCUCGCUGACAUUGACUGCAGUGUACGAAGCGCUCGGCAUCGGCUGGGCCACAUCACUCCUCGGCUUUCUUGCGUUGUUCAUGCUGCCCAUCCCUUGGGUUUUCUUCAAAUGGGGCCCAAGCAUCCGAGCGAAGAGCAAGUACCCGCAGAUGGGGUAG